CAAGCAGAACAACGAAGAAAGAUAAAUACUGCCUUUCAGUCCACCUCUUUUACUGUCGCAGCAUUCCUUUCGCGAGAACUCCGACGCUCUUCUCACAUUCAAUCGCCUUCACCCUUGCCUAGCCCCAGUUUCUUCAGGCGCUACAAUGUCUCCCAACAAGAUCACCACCUGCCUCUGGUUCGACAGCCAGGCCGAAGAAGCCGCGAAGAACUACGUGUCCGUCUUCCCCAACUCCGAAAUCACCAACAUCUCGCACUACACGUCCGUCGGCCAAGAGCACCACAAGAAAGAGCCCGGAUCCGUCAUGAUCGUCUCCUUCACGCUCAACGGGCAUCCGUUCGUCGCACUCAACGGCGGCCCACUGUACUUCCACACCGCCGCUACCUCGUUCAUGAUCCACUGCGCCGACCAGGCUGAAGUCGAUCAUUACUGGAACAAGUUGGGUGAGGGAGGUGAUGAGCAGAAGCAGGCCUGCGGUUGGUUGGCGGACAAGUGGGGCGUCUCGUGGCAGAUUAUCCCGGAUCAGUUCAUGGAGUAUAUGAAGGAUAAGGAUGGCGAAAAGGUGAAGAGGGUCUUGGCUGCUAUGAUGAACAUGACGAAGAUGGAUAUUGAGGGGUUGAAGAAGGCGUAUGAGGGGGAGGAGUGAGCAGUUGUCGUUGGCGCUCGGGCUCGGGCUCGGUUCUAAGGGCUUAGCAAGUGAGGGCGUUGGAGGAUUUGGCCUGGCUUUUCCUUGUGGGAUUGCUGCACUGUCGCUGUACAUGAGGGUUUUCAAAUUGGAAUGUGUUUGAUACCAAAAGUUCCCAGAAUAUCAUACCAGAGGUCCUUCGAUAUGAAUUCCAGUUCUGUACCGG